UUUACAUAACGAAAUUAUAAAAUCCGGUUAUAGGUUUUAUCGACCCGCCUCUUUACAAUCUCCGAAGCCGAAGUAAAACGAAAGCGAAAAGACAGCGAUCAUGUGGAGAAGAGCCGUGAUGGAUAGCAAAGCUUGCCAAUCAUGGCGCCUGAUAACAACAAGAGGCGCGGCUGCCGGAAAUGGAAAGCACGCCUCUACGUCGCCGUCAGCGGCGGCGGCCGUUAAUUCACUAUUGCUCCGUUCCCUCAAAGAACACUAUCUUGAAGUCUCCAAAAUGAAUCCCCCUCCUAAAGUCAACCCUCCUUCACCAUUUACGAUUAUCAAAGGUGCACUUGAUUCUAAUGGCCCUGUUCUCAAGCGGACCUAUGGCAAGGAGGAAAUUAGCAUCUUUGUGAUGCGGUUAGCUAAUAUUAUUCGUGGUGAAGGUGAUGAUCCUGAGGACAAUGGAAUUAAUCAGUUAUUCCUUCAUGUAGAUGUAUCAAAACCCGGACAGGAAGACUCCUUACAGUUUCUAUGCGGAUUGUAUCCUGAUGCUCUUGGAAUCCACUCCGUUUCAAUGAGGCCAAAAGAUGAGUCUUCAGUGGAAGUUGUGGCUCCAUCUAAGUAUAACGGCCCUGUUUUUCAAGAUCUUGAUGAAAAGAUGAGGGAUGCAUUUCAUAGUUUCAUAGAGGAACGAGGGGUGAAUGAAAGUCUCUUUCCAUUUCUACAAGCAUGGCUGUAUGUAAAGGAUCACCGGAAUUUGUUGCGUUGGUUCAAAUCGGUAGGCACAUUCAUUACUGAAAAAUAAAUUUGGAGUUGAUGAUGCAAAGCAUUGAUCAAGUGAUUUUAUGAAAUAGAGUCAUCUUUCUACUUUUCAAAAUGGUAGAUAAAAUCUUUGAGGAUCAAUGCAUCAUUCCUGCUGGUUUAGAUGAUGUUUUAGUUUACAUAUAAGAUUCCUUCCUUAGCAAAUGGAAUUUAGCAUUAAGACUCCUUCAGGCUGUCUCUUUUAUGUUUCAUAUUGGAAGUAUGGCCUGUUUUUGUGUUCAAUAUAAGUAAAACUUCUCAUUUAAUUUAUUCUAAUGCUUUUAAGUGCUCUUUUUGGCU